UGCCAAUGUAUUUGGUCAUAACCAUCCUGAUUUGAGUUCAAAAUUUAAAAACACUGGAUAGUAUUGAAUUUGUUUGAAAUUGUUAAGUAAAAAUGGAAACAGAAACUGAAAAUUUCACAGAAAAACCAAUUAGGAAAAUUGAGGAUAUUAUUGACCUGCAGAAGGCCAACGGCAACAUAAAUGUACGGCAGGUAGCAUUUAAGUUACCCUCUGAUACUGAUAGCGGUUUAUCUGCGAGCGUAGCCAAGUCUUCAGAAACCGGGUUGACUAACGCUAAACUAGAAUACAAAAAGAAAGCAAAAAGAUUACGUUCCAAACUUCAGAAAGACUUAUUGUCGGAUGUAGUAUCUUGGCCGAGCGAUUCGGAUAUAACCGUACUAAGAAUGAAGCCACAUUCCAAUAAAGGUGAUAAAAAGAUGAGUAAUAUAAUAUUAGGCGACGGUCCCCACCAACCUGAUAGUUUGUCUAUGAUAAAUUUAGCUACUCUCAUUUUAAAAUCGCAACCGCCAUCCAAACAAAGUCUCGUAGAAGAAUAUUUAUUACCUCUGACUUCAUGGGAGCGCGCAGUGGACCCAAAUGUAAAGAAACCUACUCCAUUGAAUGCUAUAUCGAAUAUUUCAAAUGAUACUAGGGAAUUAAACGCCUACCAAACACGAUAUAGCCAUACAGAUAUGCUGUCUCAUAAGGAUAGCGAUGCUUAUGAGUGCGACACUCAUACAAAAUCGAAAGUGGCGAAAUUUCUGCGUCUCUAUUUCUGCCCUUGCUGCACAUGUCUUUAUAAUUUGGAGAAAAUGCAAGAACCCUGCGCUCUUGCUUUGCAAAGCGCUAAAAAAAAUGUUAAUAAUUAAUCAAAUUCAGCGUCUAGUACCUAACAUGUUUAAAAUAUAAAAAUAUAUUAUAUAUUGAAUUGAGUGUACCCUAAUUUUUAUUUAAUAAUGAAAUAAAACGGAGAUUUGAA